AUGAGCUCUUCGCGUGGAAAGUUAUGUACGCCUAGAGCAUUAUUAGCUGUCGAAUCGUUGGACUCUGAUAAUGGAAUUGACUACCUUCCUCUGACUCUUAAGGAAAGUAUCUGGUCGACUUCUUUCAGAUCUAAUCGGUCGUUCAACUCCUUGAAUUCUGCUCCAAUUACACCAGAAUCACCUACUGCUUCUAACUAUAAGAGAAUUCAUACAGGGUCUAUUGGAAGUCCACAUUUAUGCCUCACGUUUAGAACGUACAAAGGCACAGUUUUCACAGUUCCUCCUAACUCUAAGUUCUUUGUUAUUAAAUCGUACAAUAUUCUUGACGUUACUUCCUCGUUUACUCACAAUAUCUGGACUUCCACUGACCUUGGAAACAAAAGGUUGAAUAAAGCUUACGAAGAACUUCUGUUCACUGGCAACAAAGACAAUUGCGGCAAGGUUUUUCUAUUUUUUCUGGUCAACUCCUCGGGCAAGUUCUGUGGGGUUUGUGAGAUGAAAGCUGGCAUUGAUUUUAAUAAAACCAGUGAUAUUUGGAUGGAACAAACUCGCUGGAAAGGUGAAUUCCCAGUUGAAUGGUUGCUCAUAAAGGAUGUUCCCAAUAGGUUCUUUCAGCACCUUAAAAUUCCUUCGAAUGAGUACAAGCCGGUUACGAAUUCAAGAGAUACUCAAGAAAUUCCAUAUGACAUUGGAGUAUCAAUGUUGAAGAUUAUCAGUUCUUUCAAGUACAAUGGAUAG